UCUCAUAUAAACACAUUCACAGAUGUGUCUCCAUGCAUGGUGUCCCUUUCCCCCUGUUACGACAGCCAGCUUCAGCUUAGCGCAGACACAGACUGGGGCACAACAAAGCCAAAAGGCACGGAAAAGAAGAAGAAUUCCUGGUGGGCUCUGCUUUUCUGUUUUGUUUUGCUUUGUUUUUUUUUUUUCCCUUUACACAGACACACACACAUAUGCAUGUGUUAACUGCAAAGGAGAAAAUAAAAUAAGCUAAGGAAGAAUUCGUUCGCUGGCUGCUGCUGUUGGUCCAGAGCUGGGGACUUGAAUCCGGCUGUCAGCUGCCCGGGAGAUGAAAUGAAAGGAUGCUUUGAAUGCUGCCCCUGUUUCUCGGGGUGGGGGGGGGGCAGGAGAGAAAGAAGCCAAAAAAAAUAGGAUUCGGGAAUGAAUGGGAGUCCUCACGCAGGAUGUGGUGGGAAUAGCCGACUAUCUGAAGUCUCCAAGUAAGGGGUUUUCUGGGAGAUGCACACCUUGAUGUUGUUCUCACAUCGGCCAGGCCUGCAGAGCACAGAGACCACUGCCGGACUUCUCGGAUCAAAUUGCUGUCCGGAGCUUCAAUCCGCAGUGUUCAGGGGCUGCUAAGCAAGACUUGAUCAGGCAAGGAUCAAUCAAAACUGCACCGGAAGGAAAAAGAAAACACAGAGACCCAGCACAGUGGAAACAACACUUGUCUUCAGACAGACAGACUAGGCCAGGCUCAUGGAGCAUGGCCAGCUGAGACCUCUCAGCUUCCCUCACCCCCGAACGGGCCCUUUGCUGUGUAGCCCCUGCGCUGCCCACCAUCAGCUCUGCCAUGAACAAAUUAGAAGCGUAGGUAAUGAAGAGGCAUAGGACCAGCUCUGGAGAUGCCGAAGAGAAGAGAUAUCCUUGCCAUUGUGUUGAUAGUGUUACCCUGGACCUUGCUCAUCACAGUCUGGCACCAGAAUGCAAUUGCUCCUCUGCUGGCCAUCCGAAAGGCCUGUCACCAUCUGGUAAAAGAACUGUUUAUCAUACCAGAGAGGCUGGCAGUACGACGGCAUCGCCUAGCAGAUGACGGCAGCGAUGGGCGCCGGGACCUGGGACAGGGCUCCGAUUCCAAGGAGUACUGCUCCUCGGACAAGGACAUAGUGGAGGUGGUGCGGACGGAGUACGUCUACACCCGCCCCCCGCCCUGGUCCGACGUGCUGCCCACCAUCCACGUCAUCACACCCACCUACAGCCGGCCGGUCCAGAAGGCCGAGCUGACGAGACUGGCCAACACCUUCCUCCACGUGCCCAAUCUCCACUGGAUCCUGGUGGAGGACUCCCAGCGGAGGACGCCCCUGGUCACCCGCCUGCUCCACGAGACCGGGCUGAACUACACCCACCUCAACGUGGAGACGCCCCGAAACUACAAGCUGCGGGGAGACAUGAGGGACCCCCGCAUCCCGCGAGGCACCAUGCAGAGGAACCUGGCCUUGCGCUGGCUUCGGGAGACCUUCAACGUCAACAGCACCCAGCCCGGCAUCGUCUACUUCGCCGACGAUGACAACACCUACAGUCUGGAGCUGUUCGAGGAGAUGCGGUCGACCCGGAAAGUGUCGGUGUGGCCGGUGGCGUUCGUGGGGGGCCUGCGCUACGAGUCCCCGAAGGUGAAUGCGGCGGGGAAGGUCUACGGGUGGAAGACGGUGUUCGACCCCCACCGGCCCUUCGCCAUCGACAUGGCGGGCUUCGCCAUCAACCUCAGGCUUAUCCUCUUCAAGCCCCAGGCCUACUUCAAGCUGCGAGGCGUCAAGGGGGGUUACCAGGAGAGCAGCCUCCUCAGAGAGCUCGUCACACUGAACGACCUCGAGCCCAAAGCGGCCAAUUGCACUAAGAUUCUCGUAUGGCACACCAGGACAGAAAAGCCCGUUCUAGUUAAUGAAGGAAAGAAGGGAUUCACAGACCCCAACGUGGAAAUCUGAGGCUCAUCAUGACACAGGAAACGGCUUUCCAAGGGGUUACUGCAAUGAAAACUGUCACCUGAACUGAACAGAUGCAGAUAAACGGAUCUCUGUAGGUGUGUUUUUGUCACGGACAUCAAACACCAACAGCGACUCCGCUGUAUUUGGAAUAGGAUCCUGAAUCCAAAAGGUUUUUACUAAAACGAAAAAGUAAAUUAAAAAAACUAAAAAAUAUAUAUAAUAUAAAAGCACAGAUAGUACGGGAUGGCAAUAUUUAUUAAUUUUAGUGUUAAGUAAAGCAGACGGACAGAAAUAACGAUGCAAAGUCACACAUGGCAACGGGAGAAGAGAAGAGCCGGUCUUCGUCUUUGCAUCUGCAUGGCAUGAUACUGUGACAACAACCGCGUCCAAUAAAGAGCAACAGCACAACGUUACCCUGGGAGACCGAGAUUAGACACGAUCCCCGCGCAGUGUGUGAGCUGCCAUCCACACGCUGGCCAAUCACGGUGGCAGGAGUGAGGGUGAGGGCGGGAGCCAGCCACUCAAAGAGCAGCUCUUCAGUGUAACCUCAAGAGGCCAUUUGGGAAACUGGGAAGGCUGAGCAAGGGAAGGCAACCCUGCUUAACUAGAAUGGUCCCGCGACAGGGAAGUGAAUGUGGAAUGACACCCCGACUCUGGGAGGUGGGACAGACGCCAUCCCUUGACUUCACAUUCACUGGGGAACGAAACAGGAAAAAAGAAAAUUGACCAGAUAAGUUUCCUGAAAUGUACAGCACAUACCUUCAGCAGGAGUAGACGUACACAGGGGUUGGGGCAUUCGCGUACCAAAUGAGUCUUUCAAUCUCUCGUUUCUGCAAACGUCAGUGCAAAAGGGAAGGAACGUUGAAUUUUUCUACAUACCUCUUUGACAUGAUGCCUGCUUUUGAUUUUUUUAAUGUUUGCGCGCAUUCUUUAACUAUGGCACUUACUGUACGUCUUCAUUCCAUGUGGUCCUGGCACAGAUGUCAUGAAAUGUGGGCAGAACAUUUGUAGCCUAAAGAAAUUUCAGACCAGCCCCCCUCCAUCUUCCAAAGUCUAAGUUAAAUUGCAUAAAAAAUAGGCACUUCUGAGUUUUACACUUCAGUGGUGUAUUCUAAUCAAAUUUCCCUUGAAUGCAUAAACGCGACUAAGAUAUGGGGCACAAUAAUCAAAAUAAUUGCAUUAAUAUACCUCAUUAACAUGCCACUUUUCAUUCCAAAGGACCUCACUGCAUAUGUGCACGAGGUGACCCAUUUCAUCCCCUGGUGAAGUACAGACCCCACCUGGGCGACACACAGCAGCCCCACUGCACAGUGGAUCAGGGGGAGGAGUGAGAAAUUGCUUCACCACCCACCCCCCCCGAGCUAAACAGGAAGCUGAGGGAGAGUGGUCAAGCCCGGAGUGAAAUUAGCCAGCGCUGUAGGGGUCAAAUAGUCUGGACCCCGGUUUUAAUAUCGCAUCCGCAGGACGGCAACCCCUGCUGGACGGUGUCCUCAGUCACUGUAGUGGGGCAUUAGUUAGGAAACUCUGGCUGACGGUGGGCAAGAUCGCCACCUGUUGGUUCAGCGUCUGCGCUUGCAGCAGCAAUCUCGUUUUCCUUAGAGGUCUCUCACCCCAGCACUGGCCAGGCUGGUCUGCUGAGGUCCAACAAAACCAGACCAAGAGGUGACAAGGCUUAUGCAAAAACCUUUGUGGCAGACUACUGACCCGGAUAAAAAAGUAUGUCAAGAUGUGGACUAUUUCACUAUGUAAUAAGAAAGCAAAUAUGUUAAGUUUUCAGUAUGAAGCUGAGGUCUUCACAUACUUCAAAGUGAUGCUUUCCUCGCAGAUUUUAUAAAUCAAGAAAUAUUGAUAUUUAGUUGUCAGGAACAUAUACAGUAUGUCUAAUUAUAUACUGUAUAUACAGAGAGACAUCCAAUAAACGAGUGCUGAAAGCAAUAGCAUUUGUUCCAUUUUUGUAGAUGGGACUAACUUUACCACAUUUUAUUUUUCGAAGAACCCCGAAUCCAAAGGUACUGGACAUUUGCAGGGUCAACAAAAGAAAAGGGGGCAGGGCGUCUCGGCCUGGCUCCCUUGUCGGGUUUCAAAUCUGUCACCUCGUGAGGCUUUCUGGGCUCUGCAAGAUGGUGACAAUCGCAGAGUUCGUUAGCGUUCGUUCACUGGACAUGAAGAGCUCUUCCUUCUCAGUGGUGAGAAGCCACAGCCAAGCCGUUCCGACAGACGAGACCGGAUCUCUUUCCUCACUCCAGGCACAGGGAGGAACAAGAAGCCAGGAUUUAAAGCCAGUUCUCCAUAAUGCAACCUACGUCUUUGUAGUUUCUUUCAAUCCAUACAUUCUGAAGGCAUUAUUUUAUCAGAGAAGGGCAGUAGAGUUUUAAGAGGAAAAGCUGGACAUGGGUGUUUUUACCUUUCUCAAAACGUUUUGAAGAGUCUACAGGAUUAUUUCCAAAUACCUCUUGUUGUCCCUAUAUAACAUUCAGGCUUCAUUCUCUGUAUCUGGAUCUUGUAUUUCUGAUACCAGUUUCAAACGAAACUGGUUAUUAAGAAAUUGUAAUAUAACAAUAUUAAUUGAAACUGCAAGGAAAUUGUACUGGAUCCAUUCGCAUUUAUGUUUUCUAUGCCCUUCAGUAUACAUUUAUGCUUGAACUUGAAAUGUGACCUUGUCAUUUAAAUACAUGAACAAAUUAACGAAUGGAAGCUCAUGAAUGUGAUGAGGAAAAUUCCAAUGACUGUAUGUAUCAGUGUGUUGUAGCUAAGUUUUUCCCCUUGGCUACUUAAAGACAGGCAAUGAUUGCUUCAGAGUAAAAAAAAAACAGAGAAAAUUGAGAUUUUUCUGGCCACAAAUCAGUUCUGAAACACAUUUCAUGACUAUUUUUGAUGCACUGGUAGAUAAAGAGAAAGAAAUAAAAUAGUGUGAAAACAAAACAAGCACAAUGUUCCAAUGAAGGCUUCAAAGCAUUAACCUGAAUAGAAAAUAUUAAAUAUUUGUUUUCAGUUUUUCAAAUUUAAAGGAUACCUUCAAUUUGUUAUGGUAGACAUACUGAUUUUGAGUUGUUUUAAUUUAGAUUUGUGUUAUAAGGCUGCAAUAUAAACAGAAAUUAGGGUGGAAUGAAUGUACAAGACUCAUCCUCAAAUUUUUUGGACGAAGGCUGGAAUCACAGUUAAUAUUACAUUGUUCUCAUUCUGUGUCUGUAAGUUCAAAUGGAUACAAGUAGAAUGGCAGCUGUUCCGAAGUGAAUUUUGUCUUUUGUUAACCAUAUAGUGCUUUUCAGAACUAGUAACAUUUUCUUUUGAAAUCGCUGGGAAAAGAUUAAAGCAUUAAGCAAGAUAAAAAUGCAC